AAGGAUGGAAUUGAGCCAUCAUCCGGAAUACACAGCUAAAAUCACUAUUUCCUGACCGGAAUCUCGACACCUCCCAACCAUCAGGUUCAAGUGAUCUCGCGCCGCCUUUGUUCAGGCUGGCUCAGGCCCGGCUCACCUUCGGCUCAGGUCUGCUCAGGUCUGCUCACCCAUCUCACCAAACAUCAUCAACUUUUAACAAGGGGCCCGAAAAUGCCCCCUUUCCCAGCCAGGGAUCCCAAAUCUGUUCCCACUGCACUUUCACAACUUAUGCCAGCCAGGACUCAUUCCCAGACAGUUAUCCCCGUCUGCCCGUCUUCCAUGCAGGGACAUUUUCUUGCCUCUUACUUCAGUGUGUUUGACGUCGUUCUCUGCGGUUUGCCCGGGGCUUCUUACUCUAUAAAUAGCUAUCUCCCUCUUGCCUUCCAAUCUUUUCUCUCCCAUCUUCUCUCCCAUCCUCUCACACAUCUCCUCACACCUCCUCACACAUUUUCUCACACAUCUUCUCACACAUCUUCUCACACAUCUUCUCACCCAUCCUCUCACCCAUCCUCCCUCCUAUCUUCUCACCCUCUUCUCAUCCUUUUUUCAUCCUUUUCUCACUUUUCUCUUCAAUCCCUCCCAUCGCUUAAACAAAACCUUCUCUUCUCGUUUCCACUUUAAAGAAAAAUGGGGUCGAAUGGAGAAACGGUUGAAGAGAUUGAUUGAAUAGGUAGGUUAUUUGCCA